AUGCAGUCCAUUGUCGUCCUCGGCGCUCUCGCCGCUGUGGCAUCCGCCCAGUGCGGUGAUUCGGUUCAAUUGGGAUACACCUGUGACCCGGAAGUCUCUCACUACUGGGGCGAAUACUCUCCCUUCUUCUCCGUCCCCUCACUCAUUCCUCCCGAAGUCCCUUGGGGCUGUGACAUUACUUUUGCCAGUGUUCUCUCACGGCACGGGGCGAGAUUCCCUACCAGCGGCGACACGAAGGACCUGGUGGGCCUGAUUGAUCAAAUCCACAAGCAAACUACAUCCUACUCCCCUCAAUAUGCCUUCAUCAAAAACUACAACUACACGCUCGGCGCCAAUCUUCUCACCCCAUUCGGCCAGGUGGAGAUGGUCCAGUCCGGGCAGGCCUUUUUUGAGCGCUACGAGAGCCUCGCCCGCAAAUACACUCCCUUCUUCCGCAGUUCCAGUGACGAGAGGGUGAUUGAAUCCGCGCAGAAUUUCAGCCUAGGCUUCCACGAGGCUCGUACGCAGGCCGGCGCAUCCGAUUCCUCAUACCCGUACCCCUUGCAAAUCCUCUCGGAGGAUCCAGGCACCAAUAACACUCUCUUUGCCCAGCAGAUCUGUCCAGUCUACGCCAAUGGCCCGGAUUCGAACAUCAACAAUGCCGCCGAAGACACCUGGGCCAAUGUUUGGAUCGGUCCGGUGCAGACUCGGGUGAAUGACAAUCUCAAGGGUGCGAAUCUUUCGAGCAGCCAGAUCAUUGAACUCAUGGAAUUGUGUCCAUAUAACAGCGUAAACCAGGGCGUCAUCAGCCAGUUCUGCGGCCUCUUUACCGACUUGGAAUGGAAAUAUUUUGAUUACUACAGAACCGUGGACAAGUGGUAUGAAGACAUGCAAGGAAACCCGCUAGGCCCAACGACUGGCGUUGCUUGGGCUGCGGAGUUGAUUGCUCGUAUGACGGACAAUCGAACCUACGUGACGGAUGCGCAGUCUUACACCUCCAUCAACCACACGCUCGACGACUCCCAGGCAACGUUUCCCCUGGGACCAGGAUACCCUCUUUACGCCGACUUUACGCACGAUGACAACAUCUUUUCCAUCUACGGCGCGCUGGGAUUGUACAAUGCGACGAAAAACCUGUCGAACACUACCUACGAAAGCGCCGAGCAGGCGGGCGGCUUCUCCUCGUCGUGGGUAGUUCCGUUCGGAGGAAGGGGUUAUUUCGAGAAGAUGUCGUGUGUUGGAGAGCCCGAGGAGCUGGUCAGAGUCGUCAUCAACAACCGCGUGGUCCCCCUGCAAAACUGCGGCGCCGAUUUGUUGGGAAGAUGCCAAUUGAGCAAGUUCGUGGCGAGUCAAACGUUUGUCACUGACGGAGGACUCUGGAACCAAUGCUAUUAG